CUAGUAAUGACUGUUAUAUUUUGUCAACAAACAAAAUUUGUAAAUAUUACAAUGGGUCGCACAAAUAUAAAGUUACUUUUCAAUACAGUAUAAUUCUCACUUUUAUUGCAGCAGAACAGUAUAUGAUUGACUAAAAUACUAAUACUUUUGCGGAUCAAUUGAAGUGACAAAAAAAAAGAAAACAAUAAUAAUGUUAUCGGAUAGCGAACAAAGCUUAAGACACGAAUUGCUCAAAAUGAAGAAAUUGGUUGAGUGUCCCAUUUGUCUUCAGCUGAUGACUAAUCCAAUGGUAACCCGUUGUGUACAUCGAUUUUGCGGUGAAUGUAUUAACAAAGCCAUUGACAAUUCGUCGACACCGGACUACUGUCGGUGUCCGCUGUGUAACGAAAAGAUCACAAAACGAUCUCUUCGGCCGCAAAUAGAUUUCGCUGAUAUUAUUAGCGCUUUUCGCGAUGCCGUCGACUCGUUUGAAAAAGAUUUUCACGAAGAGGUGAUCACCAAUACCGACGAAGUGGUCAUUUUUGAUUUGUCUACCGAUCGCAGUAAGUCUCGUUUGCAGACAACCAAUGACUGUACGAUCGCAUCGGUUGUUGUUCAGCCAAAAGAUAAUGAAAAAGUCAAACGAAAAUCUAAUGAAUUGGUUGACUCUGUCAAUGGUAAUGAUUGGCCCACACCUCAAGAUACUACUCAAGAGAGCGACAAUAAUAAGACCGUCGAAAUAACUGCUGAUUCGGAGCCGUCGAAAGUUUCGGAUGUCGAUAAAACUAACGAAGAAACAAUUGAAUUGACAAAUGAUGAAAAUUCGGUGACAAAUGUUAAUCCGAGUCAGAACUUGACAGUCAACAGGUCGUCGAAGAUAACAUACGGCGUUCAGAAACAGUCCGACGAUAAGUUUGAUCGAAUUAUGGGUUUGUCGGCCAAGAGUAAGAUUACCGGAAACACAAAUAAAGAUAAAAGAGCUAAACCUAAGCCAAGAUUAGAGUACAAGUCUUCAUCUGAAUCAGAUGUCGACAGUAUUGAUGGUGCCUUCAAAAGUAAGACUAGCAAACAUUUAAAAGAAAAGAACGACAAAGAAAUUAAGAAAAAAAAUUAUAAAAGAGUCAAUCCAUUAGAAGAUUCAUCUGAUGAUGACUUGGACUCACCUGUCUUUGCAAAGGACAGAAAACAAAGGAACUUUAAUAUCAGAGAAUCCGAUAUCAUUCCCACUGAAUCCACACGAAAGUCGGCGCUCAUUAGUAAGGACUUGGAUGACGACUUUAGCGAUGAUUUGGAUGAUGAAGACAUCUUACCGGCUCUUAAUAGCAAAAAGGCAGUCGAAGUGAUUAAAAAAUAGCUGUUUGUAUUGUUAUCAUAUAAUACUAAAAUAAUUAUAAUUAUCUAUAAGUUUUGAUACA